UUGCUGAUCACUGACAACGAGAAGCAUUGCUCACAGAAGGAGGGUAAUGUGUGUAUCGGGAGCAUGAGGGUAUACUGACACAAGUAACGCAAGUUUCAUGACCUACAUAAACAUAGCACAUAGGAGGAGUAUUGAGUCGGCAGUGUGUGAGAGCUGGAAUCUUGAAAGGGGAGACUUGACUACUGAACCGAUCGUUGACAUUUGAAUACACUGUCGUGGUGACAAGUUCUGAAGUAGUCCACGAGUGACAGACUGUUCUUAGAAUUGAUGCACAGUAUAAACAGCGAGAUGUCGACGCCAGCAGAGAAAGCCAUGGCGGCAGGGAUCAAUGUUGAACUGGUAAUGGAUGACGGUCUCGUGCAGGCUGCUAUAGUGUUGGACACUUUGAAGAAUGUGAAGUUUAUUCCUAUCCGUGACGACGACAUCUUACUCUGCACUUACCCAAAGUCAGGUACACAUUGGACCUGGGAGAUCCUCAACAUGAUCGUGGCAGGCAAGGCCGAGUACGCGAAACACUGGCAGAACUCAGCCUGGCUGGAAUACAGGGAACACGAAGAGCUGGAGGCGCUGGCUUCACCAAGGAUCCUCCACACACACCUGCGUCCAAGCCAACUACCAGAUGAUGUAUGGCACAAAAGAUGUAAAGUCGUGUACGUCAGGAGGAAUCCUAAGGACUGCGUGGUGUCGUCCUUCAAUCAAACAACCAAGCAGGUCUGGAAGGACAACCCUGUGGCAAAACCGUCCUACACUGGCACUUGUAUAACUGGUGACUGGAAGAAUUGGUUCACGGUGGCCCAGAGCGAGCGGUUUGAUAAAGUAUACGAAGAAAGGUUAAAGGAAAAAUUCCCUUACUGACAUCGUGAAUAGGAAACACAUUGCUUCUUUGUCGUGUUAGGUGCACAUAAAGACGGCGAAAACAACCAGUGUUAUGGACCGAAGACCGUUGUUGAUUACUAGUUCAGAGCCAUGUACAUGUCCUGCUUGAGAUAGAUACGUAUGUUAUAAACUAAUGGUGCAAAUAAACCUUAAAAUCCCUGA